CGGGCAACAGGUGGAAGCGCUCCGAAACGAAAGUGAAACAAAAACAAAAGAAAAAAAAAAUAAGGAAAAAAAACGUGAGCUUGGCCGUUGGCGCAAUCGCGAAUCUCGAGCGUCUGGUGCUGGUUGAACAAGUGAAGCAACAAAAAUCAACAACAACAACAACAUCAGGCCAAAUCAAGCUUUGGGCCAAGUUAGUGGCGGGACGAGCGGUGCGAGCGGUGCAAAAUUGUCGACUGCCCACACGGAAAGACAAAAACAAAAACCCGAAUUAAAACGAAUGCGAAUUUUGUGUACUAUGUGAUAUGUGCUAAGAUACAAUAUUAAAAGCUUAUGAGUGCAAUAAUUAAUGAUUAAAAAUUAAAUAAAUAGAAUAUAAAUAAUGCUAAAAAUGUGCGCGCAAUGCGUCAACUUUGUGCUCGCGCUCACAAGCUGUCUACUUUUUGUGCUGCCAACGCUGACAGCUGCUCAGGGCCUCUAUUCCAUAAUUGCCCCCAAUACAGUGAGACCCAACUCACAGUACCAUGUGGCUGUGAGCAUACACAAGGCGGCGGAGCCCGCCAGAGUUAAGGUGGGCAUACUGAGCAGUACGUACACCGAUUUCAAGACCGUCGAGCUGAGGCCCUAUUCAACCCAGCUGUUGCACUUUGAGUUGCCGGCACUUAAGGCUGAUCGCUAUCGGCUGACAGCGGAAGGCCUGAGCGGCAUAAUCUUCACGAACGAGACGCAGCUGCAUUUUGAGCCCAAGCAGCACACGGUGCUGGUGCAAACUGACAAGAGCAUAUAUAAGCCGGGAGAUCUGGUGCACUAUCGCAUAUUGGUGCUCGAUGCGAAUCUAAAGCCCGCCCGCGGCUACGGACGCGUCCAUGUUGAGAUCCGGGAUUCGGGCAACAAUAUCAUCAGAAGCUAUAAGGAUAUACGUCUCACGAAUGCCAUCUACUCCAAUGAGCUGCAAUUGUCGGACUAUCCACGAUUUGGCGACUGGUCCAUUGUUGUCGAUGUCGCCGAGCAGCAGCAUCGGCAAACCUUUGAGAUCUUGGAUCACAUAUUGCCCAAGUUUGUGGUGGACAUUGAGACGCCGCGACAGGCCAUCUACAAGGAUGGUAAAAUUGCGGCCACAGUGAAGGCGCACUACGCCUUUGGUCAGCCCAUUGUGGGCGAGGCCACGCUCUCCAUUUAUCCCACGUUCUUUGGCUCACUGCAGCCGUUUGUCAAUGAUCUGAUAACACGCAAAGUGGUGCCCAUCGAUGGCAGCGCCUACUUUGAGUUUGACAUUGAGCAGGAGCUGCAUCUGAAGCAGGACUACGAGCGUCAGUAUCUAUUGGAUGCCCUGGUCGAGGAGCGCUCCACGGGCUCGGUGCAAAACUAUUCCACGGUGCUUACACUCUAUCUCAAUCACUUUCGCGUGGAGGCCAUCAAGCUGCCCAGCUAUUAUAUACCAGGCGUUCCCUUUGAAGCCACUGCACGCAUUCUUCGCAAUGAUGGCAGCCAAUUAAGGGAUUUCAAUCCGGAGAUCACCGCCUAUUUGACAAACGUUUAUGGCAGCAGUGAAAUGUACAAUCGUACGGUUUACAGCCUGGAUGGACGUGGCGAGUUCAAGAUGAAGUUCACCGUGCCUCUGGGUGAUCGCGAUGAGUACCAUUCCAUAAUUGUCGACUAUUUGGGCGUUGUCAGCGACGUGGGCAAGGUGCCGCGCAAGCAUUUACACAGCAAGAACUACAUAACCGCCAAGGUGCUCAAUGAUAAACCCAUGGUUAAUCAGGAAAUUGCUGUUGCGGUGCGUUCCAAUGAGCCAAUGAAAUACUUUAUGUAUCAGAUUGUGGGACGCGGCGACAUAAUUCUCACGCGCACUGUGGAUGUGGCUGAUAAUAACUAUCAUACCAUUAAAUUUCUGGCUUCGUUUGCCAUGAUGCCACGCGCCAAGCUGCUCGUCUAUAUGAUAGUCAAUGGAGAGUUCGUCUACGACGAGCAGAUUAUACAAUUCGAGGAGAAUCUAUUAAAUGCGGUACAAAUUGAAGCACCCAUCCGAGCACCACCUGGUCAGGAUAUAGACAUAGGCAUCAGCACCAAGCCCUACUCCUAUGUUGGUCUCAUGGUUGUCGAUCAAAAUGCGGCAGCACUGCGCAGCGGCCAUGAUCUAACACACGAACGUCUAAUGGAUGCCCUUUAUGCCUAUGAGCUCAGCGACGUCAACACGCCCGUGGGCUCACCCGGAAAGGAGUCCGGUGUUAUAACCAUGUCCAAUACGAAUUACUUUGUGGAAAAGGAGGCAGAGACGACACCAGCCAUAGGUCGCGAUAGCUCCAGCACAAUGGAGGAGGACAAGUUGACAGCUGUGCGCAAGACUGAUAUCGGGCCCGCGCAUAAGAUUGAGGUGAACACAUUGCCGCCCGGCAAGGGACGUUAUGCCUUCUCCUAUACACCCAAGCCCUAUUGGCAUAAUCCUCGUGUGCAUGUCAUGCGUGAUCCGGCGGACACGUGGCUUUUCCUCAACCUCUCGGCGAGCAGCGAUGGUCGCAAUACCAUACAUCGACGCAUUCCGAGCGAUAUGACCUCUUGGCAUCUGACCGCCUUUACUCUAGAUCCUGUUAAUGGCCUGGGUCUGAAUGCGCCCAACAGCAAGCUGGAGGCCUACAAGGAAUUCUACAUAGCCACCGAGCUGCCCUAUUCCAUACGCAAAGAUGAGCUCAUUGCCUUGCCAUUUGUGGUGCACAAUAACAGGGACAGCGAUCUGAGCGUCGACGUGACCUUCUACAAUACUGCGCAGGACUUUGAUUUUCCCCAGCUGGACACCAAGCAAGCCAAUAAGCCCAAACUGGAACUCUACAGUCGUCGCACCAUCCAAGUACCGGGCAAGUCGGCCCGCUCCAUCUCAUUCAUUGUGACGCCUCGCCGUGUGGGCGCCCUGCCCGUCAAGGCUGUGGCAACCACCUCGCAAGCUGGCGACACUGUAGAACGUACGCUGCUAGUGGAGCAUCCCGGUGCCACGGAGCGGGUGAAUCGGGGUUUCCUCUUCGAGUUAAAUUCCAGUGCGCAGCGCAAACAGAAUGUUACCAUUAAAGUGCCGCGGAAUGCUAUACCCGACUCAACGAGCAUUGAGGUCAGUGCUGUGGGUGAUCUGGUGGGCAGCAUUGUGGGCAAUCUACACCAACUCAUCCAACUGCCCACGGGCUGUGGCGAGCAGACGAUGGUCAACUUUGUGCCGAAUCUGAUGGUGCUGCGUUAUUUGGGCCGCUUGCGUCAACUGACUCCAGAGUUGGAGCUCAGCGCCACCAAGAACUUGGCUGUGGGCUAUCAACGUCUGCUCUACUAUCGCCACGAGAAUGGCGCCUUUAGCGCUUUUGGACUGUCUGCCAAGCAGAGCUCAACGUGGCUGACAGCCUAUGUGGCCAGAUCGUUGCGCCAGGCGACGCCCUACAUUCAAGUGGAUGACCAUGUGCUGCAGAGCGCCUUGGCCUAUCUGGCCAGCGUACAGUCCAGCAAUGGAGGCUACGAGGAGCACGGCGAUAUCUUUGAGCAGUUCGACGAUGGGGGCAUAAGUCUCACCGCCUUUGUGACGCUGGCCAUGAUGGAGAAUGUGGAUCUGCAUGCCGAGUACCGCAACAACAUCAAUAAGGCGCUGGACUUUAUCACCCGAGGCCUGGACACGGCCAGCAAUCUGCAUGCCAUGGCGCUGGGCACCUAUGUGCUCUCGAAGGCCAAUCACAAUGCCAAGGCCGCAUUCCUGCAGCGUCUCGACUCGCUGGCCAUGAAUGCGAAUGGUCGUAAAUGGUGGAACAAGACGGCGCCAUCAACGGAACAGCAAUCGCCCUGGUAUAAUGCCACACGGAGCGUCAACAUCGAGAUCUCUGCAUAUGGAGCGCUGGCCUUGCUCGAGAAUAAUCUGGUGGGCGAUGCGCUGCCCGUGCUCAAUUGGCUGAUGGAUCAGCGUAAUGCAUUUGGUGGAUUUGUCGGCUCACAGGACACGGUGGUGGGUCUGCAGGCGUUGCUCAUGUUCGCCGAACGCUUCUCCAGCCAGGGCAACAAUGUGCAGUUGGGCUUCCAUUAUGGCGAAGGCGCCGAGACCAUACUGAAUGUCAAUGCGGAGAAUUCGCUGGCACUGCAGAGUGUGGAGCUGCCCAGCAAUAUUAAGAACGUGAGCGUCUCGGCGACGGGACGUGGCCUGGCCCUCGCUCAGGUUAGCUACAAAUACAAUACGAACGUGACCAGCGCCUGGCCAAGAUUUGUGCUGGAUCCCACCGUCAAUCGCAAUUCCCAUGCGGACUAUCUGCAUCUCUCAGCCUGCGCCAGUUUUGUGUCCGUGCCCGGCGAUGCCGAACGCUCCAACAUGGCUGUCAUGGAGGUUCAGCUGCCCAGUGGCUUUGUCGUGGACACCGAUACGCUGCCCACGCUGGAGUCCAGCGAGCGCAUCAAAAAGGUCGAGACCCAACAGCGCAACACCAAAGUCAUUAUCUACUUUGACUAUCUGGACAGACGUGAGGUGUGCCCCACGCUGCAUGCCUAUAAAACGGUGAAGGUCACCAAGCAUCGACCCGUGCCCGUGGUCAUGUAUGACUACUACGAUAGCGCUCGUCGCGCUCGUCAGUUCUAUCGGGCGCCCAAGUCCAACAUCUGUGACAUUUGUGAGCAUGCGAAUUGUGGCGACAUCUGCGAGAAGGCCGAGAAACGGGAAUCCCAUCGUCCCGACGAUUACACGGCCACAGCAGGUCACAGUUCAGCUGGCAGCCGGAGGCCAAUAGCUAUGCUGCUGCUGGCACUGGCAGUUGUCCUGCAGCUGCGAGGCUAGAGUAGCAGUUGUGGGAUAGGGGACGUGCUCCCAUCUAGCUGGAGCCAGCAACGCGAUAAACGGAAGCUUUAACAAAAAACCACUCAACUAAUUAAUAAGCUAGCCCUAGAAGAAAUGUGAACUAAAACCAAUUAAUUUUAACGAUGCUACAAGUUGCCAAUAAAGAAAACAAAAACAGU